AGGCGAGGUUGGAGAACCAGGCAGAGCAACAAGCCAGAGCGUCACUUGCUGCAGGAUGUGAUGCGCAUCUGACACCAUGACGGACAGGGACGAAGACGAGCGGGACUGCAGAGCUCUUUCUCCAGAGGUCAGACCAAACCCCAUGUCCUGUUUUGAGGCACUUUGAUUUAUUUUUAUUUUGAGCUAAAUCAAAACAAAAACAGGCUGAUGGAGAGAUAGCUUUACGCACAGGAUCUUUCCAGUCUGAGGUCAGAAGAAUGAUGCUCAGUCCUGACCAGCCUGAGUCCGACCUGCCCUGGGGACAAACAGACACAGAGACCCUUCUGGACACUUUCAAUGUGCAGUGUGGGUCCGUGCCAGCUGAACCUAAGGAUGGAGAGGGCAAGGCGCGCUCCUUGCACGUGCCCAACCUCAGCAGAGAGGAGAAGAGGAGGAGGAGACGCGCCACAGCUAAAUAUCGAUCAGCACACGCCACCAGAGAGCGUGUCCGUGUGGUAGCCUUCAACAUGGCCUUUGCAGAGCUGAGAAAACUGCUCCCAACACUUCCACCAGACAAGAAGUUGUCCAAGAUUGAGAUACUGCGACUGGCGAUUUGUUACAUCUCCUACCUCAACCAUGUGCUGGAUGUUUAGGACCAACGGGAGGACUGAGGCAGGAUGUUUGGAGGAACGAUAUCUGGAUACUGAUACCAGGAGAUCUGAGGAAUGCUCAAAUAAUAAGAUUAUAAGGUUCUAUUAAACUAAUGUCACAUUGCUGACUACUGUAUACAUACCAAUUACAGUGAUGUCACACUGAUUUUUUUUAUCAUGGGAAACAGUUGCAGGACUACAGACACACUGUCAUCUAAAAGAUGAAAAGACGUAUGUAUUUGUGUUGCCAAACUACUAAAACAUUGCAGUGUGCUUGACCGUUAAUUUGCUGCCUUGUCUCUCCAUGUGACUUCCUGUUUGCACCAAUUUGUAAAUAUAUUUAUUUCAAUUACACAAAAAGUCUAUUGGACUUUUUUUGUGCUUUCAGUGGUGCAAUUCAGUCGCAGCUUAAGUAGCAUUUGAAUUCCGUAUGUUGAAAAUAAACUGUGACAGCUAAGAAAUGUUUAAGAAA